CCGCCUCCAGGCGACCCGGAAGUUGUACGUUGCGACAGGCGCUUUCCUUCUCCCAGACUCCCUCGCGCUCUUUCUUUCCGACCUGGUCCAGGCAGAAUGGCUCCCGCAAAGAAGGGUGGCGAGAAGAAGAAGGGCCGUUCUGCCAUCAACGAGGUGGUGACCAGAGAGUACACCAUCAACAUUCACAAGCGCAUCCACGGAGUGGGCUUCAAGAAACGUGCCCCUCGGGCACUCAAAGAGAUCCGGAAAUUUGCCAUGAAGGAGAUGGGAACUCCAGAUGUGCGCAUCGACACAAGGCUCAACAAGGCUGUCUGGGCCAAAGGGAUAAGGAAUGUCCCAUAUCGUAUCCGUGUACGGUUGUCUAGAAAACGUAAUGAGGAUGAAGAUUCCCCAAACAAGCUCUAUACGCUGGUUACCUAUGUACCUGUCACUACGUUCAAAAACCUACAGACAGUCAAUGUGGAUGAAAACUAACCGCUGAUUAUCAAAUAAAAUUAUAAAAUAACUGCC